UCAACAGUGACUCUCUCUAUAAUACUCUUCUUUGUCCUUCACAAUCUCUCUCUCUCUCUCUCUCUCAGUUGGAUCUUGAAGUCUGUCUUUCUCUUUGUGUUCUCAUCACAGCUUCAUAUCCGAGGAAAUUCUCAUCUGGUGGCUCUGCUGUUUUUGUCUUCCUUGGUUGACCCACUUUUGCAGAUUCUCAUAGAUUCUUCAAAGCUUGAGUCUUUUUCAGAUUCGAGACAGAGUCGGUUUUAUAUGCUUGAAAUCUCUCACCCAAAUCAGCUAAUGGAGACUCUGCAUCCACUCUCUCACGUUCCUAUCUCUGAACACCGGUUCGUUGUUCAAGAGAUGAUGAGCUUACAAAGCACGAGCAGCAGCAUCUGGACUAAAGAAGAGAACAAGAUGUUUGAACGAGCCCUUGCGAUAUACGCUGAAGACUCGCCCGAUCGCUGGUUCAAAGUUGCUUCCAUGAUCCCUGGAAAGACUGUUUUUGAUGUUAUGAAGCAAUACAGUAAGCUCGAAGAAGACGUUUUCGACAUAGAAGCUGGACGUGUCCCUAUUCCGGGUUACCCUACAGAUGGGUUUGACCCAAACACGUGUCGGAAACGACCUAAUGGAGCCAGAGGAUCUGAUCAAGAUCGAAAGAAAGGAGUUCCUUGGACAGAGGAAGAACACAGGAGGUUCUUGUUAGGGCUUCUCAAGUACGGGAAAGGAGAUUGGAGAAACAUAUCGAGAAACUUCGUGGUGUCGAAGACGCCAACGCAAGUCGCCAGCCACGCGCAAAAGUAUUACCAGAGACAACUCUCCGGAGCCAAGGAUAAGCGCCGGCCAAGCAUCCAUGACACCACAACCGUUAAUCUUCUCAACGCCAAUCUCAUUAAUCGUUCCUUUUCCGAUCACAUAGAUAUCCUCCCGGAUUUAGGGUUUAUUGACAAGGAUAAUGCCGAGGAGGGAAUAAUGUUUAUGGGUCAGAAUUUAUCCUCGGAGAACCUGUUUUCUCCAUCACCAUCUUCCUUCGAUGCUGCCAUUAACUUCGCCGGAGCAAAUGCAUUCGGUGUUGGAGCUUAAGGUAACUUAGAAGCACCAAACUCAGCGUUCUAAAGAUGUUGAUUUUUGAUUAUGUAAAUAGGGCAAUACAAGAAAAAACCAAGUUUAAAUAUGUUUUUUGUGUGGUUUUAAAGUAUAAACUUGUAUUUCUUUUACAUAAAUGUGACUCUAUGUGUGUGUGUAUAUGUGUGUGUUUGUGUCUACGAAA